AUGACGGUGAGCGACGUGCCGGACUCAAGAAGGAAGAUCUAUAUCGAGGAUACUGGAGAUGAUGACACUGCCACCUCCGAGUUCCGGGCCGGAGUUCUCUACCAACCCUCCAGUGUCCCCACGCGUCUGUGGACCCCGAGCAGGCCCACCGAGGAGGGUCGGCGGAAACGGGCUUGAGUAGUGCGCGGCCUGGACGGCCGGCCAUCCAUCUGGCCCGGCCCGGGAGACCUCGCCGCCCCCCUGCGCCGCCACGGCCCGGCGACAUUCUGCGCCCCGGGAAGGGGGCUCGGGAUGCGGUGCGGUCCCGAUCCCGGACCCCCGGGGUCCCCCGGACUCCCCUGGACUUCCCGCCCCCGGCCCGGCCUCACCUUGACGUGGAAGCGGAUGAGCGCCAGGCGGAUGCAGUGGGCCAUGCAGACCGGCGGCAGGAACCAGACCUUGGGCGGCGGGGUGCCCUUGUUCUGGACAUGGCUGACGAUCUGCUGCGCCGUCUGGCGCUCGUUGCCCUGACGCUUGACCCACUCGUGCAGCCGGGCCUUCUCGAGCGCGCCGUUGAAGAAGACGAAGAGCUCGAUGUUGCCUCCGAAGCAGGCCUUGGCUAGCGCCGCCAGAAACCUCUGUAGACGGACGGGAUGCGACGGACAUGUGUGGCCCAGAAGGCAGCUACUGAGCGGACGGAGCCCGCACUCACCCAGCCUCGUCCUGUAG